GAGCAUGACACCCCGUACGCCUACGGAGCGCUGGGGCACGCAGCUUUGUCCCUACAGGCAGCCGACGAAAGAGUUGACCUGGAACGCAACAGAGGGGCCCAGAUGGGCUUCACGCUGGCUCCGCGUGACUUUAACGAUAGCUACAACCCAAUCGUCACAGGCUGGCUAGAGGGAGAGGGAGAACAGGAAGGACAGCAGGUGAACGAUACUCAGCACCCUAUAAAUGAGCAGUAUUACGACUCGAGCAUUAGCACCUUCAUGGAUGAUAUCACUAAGAUUACGAUGCUACCUAUCGCAGCAAGAAAAGAAGAAGUGGUAGAGCAGCUGAACCUGGUAAGCGGUAGACUUGAGAAG